AUGAUACGAUAUAAUAGUAUAAGAUUAAUAAAAUUCCUAAAAAGAGAUAAAAAUAUAUAUUUAUCCUUUUUUGAAAGUAAGAGAUAUGUUUCCUAUGAUACCUUAGCAGGUAUCCCAUGGAUGGGUCAUAGUAGAAUUACAAACAUUUUUGAAAGGGUUUCAAAUGAAGGACCAUUUGAUAAAAUAACAUGGGAAAGAUUAAGUGAAAGAGCUGAUAAAAUUUAUAAUAGUUUUAAUUCAAAAGAAAUUGGAAGAAUACUUUAUUCAUAUUCUAAAGUACGAUAUAGAGAUAUAAAAAUAAUUUACAAAUUUAUAGAAAAAAUAAAAUAUAAAGAAAUAAAUAAAACAGAUUUAUUAUCUUUUGCACACAUAUGUCAAGCCUUAAAUAAUUUAAAUUAUUUUGAUAAACAUUUUUUUGAAAUUGCAUUAUCUCGUAUAUUAAAAAUUCAAAUUAAUAAUAAUUCAUUUCCAAUCAUUGUUAUUUUAAAUGCAUAUACAAAACAUUGUAAUGAUAAAACAUAUCGUUAUAUGAGCUUAAAGCUGUUAAUAUAUUUUAUACAAAAUUUUGAUAACUAUAAAGAUACAUGUUCUUCUCAAGGUUUAGUAAUGUUAUUAAAUUCAUUAUCUCAAAUAAUUAAACCGUCUCCAGAUUUCUUAAAACCUGACGACCCCAACUUAAACAAAAUAUUCAUAUCAAACAAUAAUAAAAAUUAUUUAUCAAAACAAAUUUGUAAUUUCAAAAAGACAGGAAAAAUAACAAACAUUAUACAUGAUGACGAUAUAUCAGUGACAAAUGAUAUGAACCAAAUUUCUGUUAAUCUUAAAAUCGAUAAUGAAAAUUAUAAAAAAAAUACUUUGCAAAACGAGGAACCAGAAAAUAGUCAAAAUAGACCAACUAGCCAAACUAGUCAAACUAGCCAAACUAGUCAAACUAGCCAAACUAGCCAAAAUAGCCCAACUAGCCAAAAUAACCAUAUAUCGACUAAUAUAAAUAUUGAUGAAAAAAAUGAACACACUAAUUGGAUGAAUGACAUAGAAAAUGAAGCAGACAAAUAUUAUGAUAACGAACAUAUAGAAAAUGAAAUGGAUAAGUGUUAUGAUAAUAUAAUAGAAAAAAGUGAAAAUAAAGAAAUUUUGAAACAAUUUUUUGAUACACUAUUAUUAGAAAUAAGCAAAAAAAUUGAAAAUAUGAAUCCACAAUCUUUAUCAUUGAUAGUUAAUUCAUGUUGUAGAAUUCCUUUUCAUGUGUCUACAGAAUUUUUAAAAAUAAUUUGUGAACAAAUAGAUAAAAAUAUAAAUUUCUUAACAAUUCGACAUUUAUCACUGGUAAUUAAUGGAUAUAUGAAAUUAAAAAUAAAAAAUAUAGAUUAUAUUUCAAACAUAUUUAAAGAAAUAGAAAAAAAAAUACUUUCAUGUGAUGACCAACAACUUUGUUUUAUAUUAAGUGGAAUCUCAAAAUUAAGAAAUGAUAAUUUUAAUUAUUGUAAAGAUAAUAAAAAUUUAAUGGACAAAAUAAAUUCUAAAAUUAUUUUGAGCAUACGAAAAAUGAACAUAUCAACUUUGUGUAAUAUAAUGUAUUACUAUGCCAAACUAAAUAUUUAUAAUGAGGAUAUAUUUAAUUUAUUUCAAAUUUAUUUAAAAAAUUUAUUAGACAAUGCAAAUAUGCAUCAUCUUUCUCUUUCUGCAUAUGUUUUUGGAAAAUAUAAAAAAAAAAAUAAUUUAAUUGAAUUAGUAUUAAAAAAAAGCGAAGAAAUAAUGCUAAAAAAAAUCGAAAGUAAAAACAAGACUAAUUCAAUGAAUAUAGAAAAUUAUUUUCUUAUCUACGACAUGAAAGAUGCGCUAAUUUUAAUAAAUAGUUUUAGCGAAUUGAAUAUAAAAUCGGAUAUAUUAGGAUCCUACCUGUGUGACAUUAUACAUAUAAACCAAAAAAAAAUAAAUUUAUUUAAUGAAAAUUAUGACCAUGGUCAUAAUAUAAUUUCAAAAAAAAUGCACACAUUUAAGCAUAACAUUGAAUUUUUAAAUGAACAUGUUCAGGAUAAAAUUUUAAAAAAAAACAUUUAUUUAUCCCCCAAAACGCUAGCUCUGUAUACAGAUUGGAUUUGUUCCCCCCAAAAUAAUGAUUGA